GAAGUGUAAUCGUUGUGUAGUAUAUUGCUGUACACUAGUUGCAUCAGUGUAAAUUUGAGAGGGAGUUUGUUUACCGGAGGUUAAUAUGAAUAUUUGUGCACAAUUUAAAACAAAAUACUAUGGAAUCUAAAGCAGACAAAUUUUUGAUAUCAAACACUCUUAGUUCGGUGCCAUAUUUAUUGACUGGCUGUGCUGUACUUAUUGAACUUCGCAAUGAAAUUUCAGUGGCUGGACGCAUUGAAUCCGCUGACGGCCAAAUGAAUAUUAGUCUCACGGAUGUUGUGCUCAUUGAUCGUGACGGUCUGCAGUAUUCGUUUGAUAAUUAUCAUGUACGAAAUCAGUCCAUACGUUAUAUUGAUAUACCUGAGAGCAUUGAUAUGCCAGAAACAUUGCGCGAUUGGGUAGCAGAAGGUGGCCUUAAUAAACUGAAACCCAAAAUGGAAAAGAAGAAGCGUACAUUUAAACAAAAACGUGCUGAAGAACGUCACAAGGAAAUCUUAGCCGAAAUGGGUCAGAAGAAAUUGGAUAAAGAAAAGGCAGCGAUGUUAACAAACAUUUAAGGUUUUUGGUGAUUCUUUGCUUAAGUAUUGGCGCACACCCAAGAUUGUGUUCUGGAAGUAUUCAUCCCAACUUAACUCACCAAUAUCAAGGAAGAA